AUGUUUUUGAGUAGAGAAUUAAAUGAAAUAAUGAACAUAAUCAUGCAACCAUAUAAUAUAGCCCCUAAUUUAUUUUCUCUGAACAUGAAUACAAGUAAGGCAAUACCUGGAAAAAUGUUCAGCCAAUUAGAAAAAAAUGUCAUUAUUUAUUAUUCUCCUUUAAAUUCCUUAUUCUAUAAGUAAAUUGUCAAUUUAGUAUUAGAUUCCCACAUUAAUUCAUUAAGAAUGA